AAGGACAGAAACAAACAGAGGAGAAGGUAGCUAGGAGCCGUUAUCUCCAAAGUGAAAAAUUAAAACCACCCGUUUAGAGUAGAGAAGCUUCCAACUCACCCAAAACCUCAUUGAAAUAGAAAAAUGCCUACCUUGAAUCUCUUCACUAACCUACCAGUGGAUGCAGUCACCACCUCUGAUAUUCUCAAAGAUGCCACCAAAGCUGUUUCUAGAAUUAUUGGCAAGCCUGAAUCCUAUGUAAUGAUUGUGCUGAAUGGUGGAGUGCCUAUUGCAUUUGCCGGCACUGAAGAACCAGCUGCAUAUGGAGAGUUGAUCUCAAUUGGGGGCCUUGGGCCUAGUGUUAAUGGAAAAUUGAGUUCAACUAUUGCAGAAAUCCUUCAAACAAAGCUCUCUAUAGAUAGCUCUCGCUUCUACAUAAAAUUUUAUGAUGUUCAGCGCUCCUUCUUUGGCUUUAAUGGCUCAACUUUCUGACAAGGUUCAAUUCUAAGGUAAUAUGCUGCAAAUUGAAGCCAUUUUCUGACUUCUAACUGCAGCUGAUGGCCUUUGUUUUUUUUUUUUUCAGCUUAAUGAGUAGCUUUACUUGCUUCAAAACAAAUUGUUGUCUAAGUUCUAUUGUAUCUUCAAAUUACCAUUAUUAAGUUCUAGUUAUGUUUUGAAAAUAGGGGCUUUUACUUAC